AUGGAAUACAACGGUGGCUCCGUUAUAGCCAUGGUGGGGAAAGAUUGUGUCGCCAUUGCUUCAGAUUUGCGGUUGGGAAGUCAAGCAUUGGGAAUAUCCUCGAAUUUUCAGAGAAUAUUUCCUGUCACUGAUCGGGUAUAUGUUGGUCUGCCUGGAUUGGCCACUGACGUGACGACGCUUCGGGAGCGCUUCCGCUAUCGGGUUAAUAUGUAUACCAUCAAGGAAGAGAGAGAAAUAGAACCAGAGACAUUUGCCCACCUGGUUUCCUCGACGCUCUAUCAGCAUCGGUUUGGCCCUUACUUCAUCGAACCAGUAAUGGCUGGUCUAUCGAAAACACCUUCUGGAGGUUUCAAGCCCUUCAUCGCAGCCACAGAUCUCAUAGGAUGUCUAAACUUUGCAAAAGACUUUGUGGUAGCUGGUACGGCGAGCGCAAAAUUAUUUGGUGUAGCAGAGGGCCUUUGGGAACCAGAUUUGGAAGCUGAAGAUCUGUUCGAAACUAUCUCACAAACGCUUUUGAAUGCCGUCGAUAGAGACGCGUACUCUGGUUGGGGAGCAAUUGUCCAUGUCAUUACCAAGGACAAGAUCAUUACGCGUACACUGAAAGGUAGAAUGGACUAG